CGGUGCAUAUAAAUCGUGGCUACAGAUCGUAAAUGAAUUUUAAUUAUAUAUCGCUUUUGUUCAUGAGUUAUGGCUGCAUAGAACAUUUGUCUUGCUGUACGGGAAUCGCGACGUAUUAAAGGGCAAAAUGUCUGGCGCGGAAUCGGACGACCAAGAUUGGUUCAAUAAAGACGAAGAUGAAAUUUUGCAGAGCUACCAAUCCAAGGUCAGCACUGGCGAAACCAAAAACACAGAAGCCGGUGUCGAAUAUAUCCAUGGGCCAACAGCCACAGAUGGCUAUCUGCAACAAAAACGACUUGAAGCUUCCUCUGAAGCUACUAUGGGGGCUAAAGUAAAGAAGCUAACAACAGCAGAAAUGCGGAAAGCUUUAAAAAUGGAUUCACUAGAUGUUUUUCUAUUUGUUAAAACUAGUGAAUGUGAUUUCUUUGUUGGUCAAAUAUCGGCUAGUGAUGGUUUGGAACGAGUUAUUUUAUACCUACGCAUUUGGAAUAUUAUAUGUAACCUGGAGAUACCCGGAUUUCAAAAUGAACUUUUACUAAACUUUACAAAAAAUGAAGCUUUUCUAGAACAAUUACGAGUCCUUGGAACUAAGCUUUUUCGAAAAAGUUAUAGAAAGAUAUGGAAAAAUGAGAUAGAGAUGGACGAAAUAUUAAAUGCUAUUAAGUCCUUACUUGGGCGUGUGCAUAACGGUCAAUUUGUAACAACCAAAAUUUUACAUGUUACAAUGCAUUUAAAAGAACUUAUUAAAGACAGUGACAAUAAGGACAUUGUACAACGGUCUCCAUGCCAAGAGUUACUAUUUGAAUUGGAACGUAUUUCGGCUUCUAAGCAUGAUCAGCUGGAGGAAAAAUUGAUUGAAACUGAAAUAUAUCCCUCACUUGACGAACUGUUUACAAAUAGUGACGCUUCUACUAAAAGCAUGAUUUCUACAAAUUCGGAAAACGUUGCAGAGUAUUUGACAAGACAAAAACAAAUUCUUCGGGAAGAUUUCAUGAUUCCUUUGCGUGAGUAUGUUUGUAAAUUAAGGGACUCGGAAUCACUCAGCACGAUGCCACAUAGACCAGUAUUGUUUGCGGACGUAUUCAUAGUCCUUAACACGGAUUUUAUCAAUGCUAAACGCCAUGAAAUACUUUUCAUUGAUGUGUUGGGCAAACAACGAUCUAUAAACAGUAAAUUGCCAAGAAAAUUAAAAGCGAAUAUUAUCGAAAUAAAGACAGGAUCUUUAUUACUUUUGACCACAAGCAUUAGCUUUGAAAAUCUUAUUUUAGCAACUGUAACUUACACUGAUAAGGAAUUGCUGGAUUUGGGAUAUAUUGGCAUUGAAAUUGUACGCCAGUACAACAUAGGUACUGUGUACGAUCGACCUUUUUUAAUGUUCGAAACACCAGCAUUUUUUGAACCCUAUAAGAAUGUGUACAACUAUUUGAAUACUUAUGGUGAUGACGAGCUGCCGAUGAAAAAAUACAUAGUAGAUGGUGAGAAAAGUGUUGGCCAACCUAGUUAUCUAAUGCCAAAUCAAUCUUACACUUAUGACGGAGAACGAUUUAAAGUGUCAGCAUCAAAAUCAACCAAACCGAAAAAACUACCACUGAAUCAAUCUCAAUGGGACGCAUUUUCUCAAGCCUUGACUAAAGAAUUUUAUUUGAUACAAGGCCCACCUGGAACUGGUAAAACACACCUUUCUGUGCAUUUGGUGCGCACUUUUAUUGAGAACGUUAAAACACCAAUUGUGUUAAUCACUUACACAAAUGAUUCGCUAGAUAAGUUUUUGUUGAAGUUGUCGGCGUAUACCAGCAACAUUUUGCGUUUCGGCAGCCAAACACGCUUGCCCGAAAUUUCUAAAUUUAAUGUGCAGUUCAGCUCUACCAAUAGGGAUAUUGUAAAUCCCCAUCUUAAGCACCUCUACUACCUUAUUAACGAAGAGUUCAAAGCAAAGUUUCAAAUUGUACAACAAAUGCAUGCCGAUUUUGAUGGCACUGAGGAAUCCUAUCAGCGGUUGUUACUUGCGCAAAAAGAUGUAAGAGAUGUAGCAGAAAAAUUAAAAAGUAUACGCAUAAUGUUCCAAUUUUAUUCAGCACGAAAAGCUGAUGUUAUAGCAAUGACUUCAACUUGUGCUGCACGAACGAAUUUUCUUUUUCGUUUACUGCAAAGUAAAAUCGUAAUUUUUGAAGAGUCUGCUGAAAUCCUAGAAUCCCAUGUGUUGGCCUCUUUGACACCAUACACCGAACACGUCAUCUUGAUUGGCGAUCACUUGCAAUUACAGCCGUACACAUCGAGCUUUCAACAUAGUCGUACCCAUCAAUUGAAUAUUUCGUUGUUUGAACGUCUAUUUGUUAAUAAUUUAAAAGGAUCCAUACUUAACAUACAAUACCGUAUGCGCCCUUGUAUUGCCGAACUUAUUCAACCGACCUUCUACGCUGAGCUCAAGAAUGAUUGCAGUGUGGAAAUGUAUCCAAGAGUUCGCAAUAUGAUUAAGGAUUUAUACUUUUACAGCCAUAAUGAAUUAGAAUUUCAAUCCGAGGAUGAAUGCUCGAUUUACAACGAUUUUGAGGUAAAAGAAAUUUUGAAAUUGGCAAGACAUUUGAUUGAAGAGGCUGCAUACACUUCAGAUGAUAUUGUAAUACUGAGCCCUUAUGCGAAGCAAGUAGAUCGCCUUAAAGCAAAGACAACUAAGCAAUUGAAUAUCGCUACUGUGGAUAGCUUUCAGGGACUAGAGGCUAACAUAGUGCUAUUAUCAUUGGUGCGUAGCAACACCAAGGACCAAAUUGGGUUUCUCAAAGAGAAGAACCGGAUUUGUGUGGCACUCUCGCGUGCAAGGCAUGGCAUGUAUAUAAUUGGAAAUAUGUCAUUGUUAGCAAAAUGCAGUGAAACUUGGCGAGUAAUCGAACAGAAACUGAAAGCUCAGGAAGCCAUUGGUGAUACGUUUCCGAUAAUAAUUGAUGAAAAAUAAGAAUAAUAGUACAUACAUUUUGUAUAAUUUAGUAUAUAAAACAAAAACAUGUAUUUAAAGAAUUAACUUUACGUUUAAUUUGUUCGUAGCAGUUCAAAUGUGAUGAAUAUGAAAUAAUAAAAACACCAUUGGAUUUGACAUUUUAA